CUCAAUGUGUGUCAUCAACAUCAGGCGGAAUCAUCUUUGUUAUCUGUACUUUGCGCGGCUUCCACUUGCUCAACAUCGCUCGACGCCGGCGGCGGCAACCCUUCCCUCCUGAUCAACGGAAGGUGUUUCCCCUUGUGCAUCAACACCAACUGCUCCCCACCCUCGGGCGAAUGA